AGCGACGGCCGUAGCGUGGGGCCCGGAGGACGCGGCGGCGGCGUCACAACGGCCUGCUGGUUCCCGGCAGGGUGCGUCUCGCUUGCUCGGUGGCCGUAGGGGCUGGUCGUUGUGCGGCCGUCGCCAUGUCUGUGAGCGAGAUCUUCGUGGAGCUGCAGGGCUUCUUGGCCGCCGAGCAGGACAUCCGAGAGGAAAUCCGAAAAGUUGUACAGAGCUUAGAACAAACAGCUCGAGAGAUUUUAACGCUACUGCAAGGGGUCCAUCAGGGUGCUGGGUUUCAGGACAUUCCAAAAAGGUGUUUGAAAGCUCGAGAACAUUUUGGUACAGUAAAAACACACCUAACAUCUUUGAAGACCAAAUUCCCUGCUGAACAGUAUUACAGGUUUCACGAGCACUGGCGGUUUGUGCUGCAGCGUCUGGUUUUCUUGGCAGCGUUUGUUGUCUACUUGGAAUCAGAAACACUAGUGACUCGAGAAGCAGUUACAGAAAUUCUUGGCAUUGAGCCAGAUCGGGAGAAAGGAUUUCAUCUGGAUGUAGAAGAUUAUCUUUCAGGAGUUCUAAUUCUUGCUAGUGAACUGUCGAGGCUGUCCGUCAACAGUGUGACUGCUGGAGACUACUCGCGGCCCCUUCACAUCUCCACCUUCAUCAACGAGCUCGAUUCCGGUUUUCGCCUCCUUAAUCUCAAAAACGACUCCCUCAGGAAGCGCUACGAUGGCCUGAAGUACGACGUGAAGAAGGUUGAGGAGGUGGUCUAUGACCUCUCCAUCCGUGGCUUCAAUAAGGACACAGUGGCGGCCUGUGGAGAGAAGUAGGUGGCCCUUGGUGCUCCCAGCCGCCAACCCCCAGGACUCCCAGUGAGGGCGAGCGUGCCCUCACACUAACCAGGAUUGCUCUGUUGCUGCACACUGUGCUGUUUCUUGUGUGGUGUGAGUGUCAGAAUGGAAGCACUUCCUGGGGGUGAAAGAAUAGCCUUUACAAGGACAGCCGUUUCUUUGUUUUAGUGAAUUUGCUCUGGAAUGAGUGUAUUUCAGUUUUGUCAGAAAUCGUAAAUGUCAUUCCCUUGCUACCCUGAUGCUGUUGAUAUCCUGACUGAGAAGCUGUCCUGUGUGAUUCUCCCUGAAGUGACUGAUCCAUCCAUGCCCAGGGUAGCCUGGAUGUCCUCUGAAAACGGAUAAUUCAAAAGGAUGGGAGCCAAGCAGAGGACAGUUUAUUUUCCGUAUCUUAUUUUAAGCCUUGUGAAUAAAUGAGAUGUUGAAAUUUUUUGCAAGGGAGUUAACAGCUCCAGGUUCUCUGUCACUGCCAUCAAAGUAUAAAAGAUUAAAUUGCACAGUCAAAUUCAACAAACCA